UUUAAGUAGAUUUCUUUACGGGUAACUCGUUGAAUUUUUCACUUAAAUUUUUAUCGGUUUCGAAGCAAAAUUUUCGCUCUUGUCUCAUAAUUUGUUUGGACGCGUGUGCGUGUUGUUAGCGUCUGUUCAUUUUUUACCAUAACAACUCGGCUAACGCCGCUGCGACCGUCCACAUCGUUAUCUUGGCAAGACAUUUUUUUUAACUUUCUUUGUUUGUAAACAUUUGGCGCCGUUUUCGGCUUCAUUGAGACCCCGUGGUUCGUCAAGUCUGUAUACAACUGAAUUAUAAAAAUUUGAUGCUCAACUACAUUUGAGUUCCAAAAGAAUUAAAAUAUGGUUGCCGACAGUUGCCCAAACCCACAGAGUGUGGGCCGUGAAUUUGUUCGUCAGUACUAUACUAUGUUGAAUCAGUCUCCACAUUACUUGCAUAGAUUCUACAGUAGUGAAUCAUAUUUUGUGCAUGGUGGUUUGGAACCAUACAGCCGAGAUAUGACACCUAGUAUUGGUCAGAAGGAAAUCCACAAGAGAGUUCAAGAGUUGAAUUUCCGUGACUGUCAUGCAAAGAUUCUUCAGGUCGAUUCACAAAAUACUCUUGGAAGUGGAGUUGUUGUUCAUGUUACUGGCGAGUUGUCCAACUGUGGGCAACCAAUGCGUCGUUUUGCACAAACAUUUGUGUUGGCAGCUCAGUCGCCUAAAAAGUAUUAUGUUCAUAAUGACAUUUUUCGUUAUCAGGAUGUUAUGUUGAACGAUGAAGAUGUCAACGAAGAAGUAGAUUCUGGACAGUCUGAUGGAGAAGAAAACGUAGAAGUUGAGCAGACUCAAGUUAUUCAACAGCCACAACAUCAAGUCAACUAUUACAACAAUCCAAAUCAAGGGCAGACUUUGAAUGGAGGAGCUUUGAAUGUGUUACCGACAUCUGUUCCUGUUCAACAGUUGCCACCUGAACAGAUUCCAGUUCAAGUACAGCAACAUAUACCAACUGUUACUGCUCCUGUGCAACAUUCGGCUCCCGUUAUCUCACCCAACAGUAAUGUGUCUCGAACUCAACCAGCAUACAAUCAGAAUCAACCGUCAAUAGUGGAACAACAACCCACCAAAGUCCAGAAACCAGAAGAGCCUACUACUAACCAUGUGGAAACAAAAGAAAUCCAAGAGCCUGUUAAGAAGGAAGCUUCAAACACUGAAAAUGUUUCUCCUGGAGAUCAACCUAAGCCAUUGUACGCCCAGUUGUUUAAAUCUGGUGGAAGACCUUCAGAAACAACACACACUGAGAGUCCUCAAUCUAUGCCAGUUCCAGUUCAGCCAUAUUCAUCACCAGCUCUGCCUAAAGCAACAUCCCCUGUUCGAAACAAUGAGUAUUCAAGUAGCUCAUUUGGUAAUAAUCAGUAUGAACAGAGAAACAAUAUGAAUAGGAACGUUAGGAGCAACAACAACUACACCAGUAGAGGUGGUGUUGGCGGUAGAAAUAAUAUGAACGAAAGAUCGAACCGUAACACUUUCAACAGUCGUGAUAACGGGUAUAACAAUGGACCUAGUGACUCUAGAGUUAACAGAGGAGGAGGUAAUCAGGUAGGAUCUUACAACGGUAUGUUCCAAUCAGACGAUCAGCAACUUUUCAUUGGAAAAAUUCCUCCCGAAGUCCAAGAAAAUGAUUUGAGGACUUUGUUUGAGAAAUUCGGUAACCUUCUGGAUGUACGAAUAAUGAAAGGUGGCAGCAAGACAGGUGAUCCAUCUAUGAAUGGCAACUUUGGAUUUGUUAUUUUUGAGAGUACAGAAACUGCUCAAAAAGUACUAAAAAGCCGGCCGAUCAUGUUUCCUGAUGGUAUUAAGUUGAAUGUCGAGGAGAAGAAAAACAAGUCUAGAAGUUCAAUGGUGAAUUCAGACAGUACUGGUGUUGGCAGAGGCGGUAUGCGUACAGGAAGUGGCCGUGGAAGUUUCAAUAGGAACCAGAACGAUGGACCUAGAAACAAUUUCAGGCGUCAAAACUAAAUAUUACAUCUUUUAAUAAAACAAACAAUUUUGAAAAAUCAUCAAGCUGACCAGAAUAAUUUCCUACUAAUGAGAGACACUGUUCAAAAUUCAAGAAAGACUUUAAUUUUAUACACUAUUUUUUUUUCUAGAUAGCUAAAAUGUUUAUUUCCCUGCAUUUAUAAUUAUUAUUCCUUAAUAAAUUAUGUAUCCAUUUGUAUAAUGCUUUACCUCCAAAGUUGGUGUUCAUCGUAUAAAUCUUACAUCGUGAUGAUUAUCGAUUACUAGUCAAGCGAAGGAAAUUUAAUUUUCCCCAAUCCACGUAUUCUUAUCUUUUAAUUUAUAAUAAGUAAAUUCCUCGCCUAAAAUAUUAUUCUUAUUAUAAUAUAUUAUGUUAUGUAAAAAAACAUUGAACAGUUUAUAUAUAAUAAGCAGCGUGAUUUUAACGUUUUUAACUGUUUUUUUUUUUAUUCACGGAAGUUAUUUUCAAUCUUUCUGUACCAAUAAUAACAUGUUUUCUAAAAUUACCCACUUAAUUUUGAUCUUUUUAAAAUAUACUAAACAUUAUAAUUAAGUUGUAUUUACAUGUACAUAAGUGUCUGAAAUAAGGCAAAAAUGCUUAAGUACUAUACCCGAUUAUUUAAUAUUACAAAUAUAAAAUAGGAUAAUAUGAAAUUAUUGGUAGGGCUUCCUUCGAUUAAUAGGAAUAGCAUUAAUGAAACUUCUGUAUCAGUAUAAUUUACGGUUUGUAGUCUUUAACUUGCUUUUUUAUUUAAAUCAUAUUUAUUUUUAAAAUAAACAAGUGGAAACAUAAUUUUUUUUUUUAAUGUGUAUUUAAUUCUAGAUAUUUUGUUUCCCUUUUGUUGUAAAUGUCAGUUAUUGAUUUAAUUUUAUGUGAAAUACAGUAACGUAUAUUGUAUCGAUAAAAAUGUUGAAGUAUAAAGUCUACAAACUGUAUAAAACAGCAUUUGUAAUCGUUCCUAAAAGCUAAUAAAUGUAAGAAAAAAAAAAAUGUGUAAUGAACGAUGUGCGUCAAUAAAUGAAAGGAUUUUUAUGAAUUUUUACCUAAUAUUUAUGUUUGGAAUUUAUUUAAUUUUAUUUAAACCGAUGGACUGGAAAAUAUAGUACAAUAUUACAAUCUGCUAACACAACAUGAGCUGCUGAAGCUCAAUAGUAGUUACAUUAUAAGAUUAAUGGUUCUGUGGAA